AUGAGCUUGUUUAGAUCAGAGUAGAUGGAAUUCUAUAAUUUAGUGAUUCCAAGAGAAUCAGCAUGGGAUGUAAUGAACACAUUAGGAUAUUUUGAUAGCGUUCACAUAAUUGAUCAUGAUGCGACAUUACCUUAAAUAAAUAGACCAUUUUCAAAUUAUGUGAAGAGGUAUUACAUUUAGAGAUUUAAGAUGUGAUGAUGUGCUAUAAAAGAUUGAGUAGAUAGAUGAUGAGAUGAGAAAUUUUAAGAUUGAAAAAAAGUAUUGUCCAGAUGUCAUUGAUUUAUUAAAAAAGAGAAAUGGAAGUCAUAAAUAAUUUGAAGAAUUAGAAUAAGAUAUAUGUAAAGUAGCCGAUGAUUUGGAACAUUAAUAAUAAACAUUAACUAGUUUAUAAGAAAAGAAAAACACUAUAAGAGAGAAUUUGGAAGUAUUGAGAAAUGCUGUUGCAUUUUAAAAUGAGGAUUCAGAAGAAGCUAGUUUAUUGGGAUUUCAGAAGAUGGUUGGAGUUAUAUUGAAGGAGGAUGAGUUGAGAUUUAAAAGGAUAAUCUUUAGAAUAACUAAGGGAAAUAUUCAUGUAGAGAUUAUGGAUAUUUAAGAACAAUUCAUUUAAUAAGAUAGAAAGAGUGUAUAGAAGUGUGUGUUUAUGUUAUUUUAUCCAUGUGGAGAUUUGACUUAGAAAAAAAUUCAAAGAGUGAUUGAGUCAUUUUCAAAUAAUAAGUUUGAUAUCCCUACAUCCAGUGAAUAACAAGCUUAAAGAAUUACUAUGUUGGAGAAUCAGUUAAAUGAAGCAGAUUAAUUGUUACAUUUGACAAUUACUCAAAUUAACAAGAGAUUAUAAGAUUUGUCAGAAAUUAAACAUAACUGUUCAUGGAUUGAAGAAAUGAGAAUCUUAGUAACAAAAGAAAAGUAUUUAUACAUGAAUUUGAAUAUGUUGAAUAUGACAAAUUCUGUAUUUCAUGGAUAGAUAUGGUUACCAUAAGGUUAGGAUUAAAAAAUUUAAUAAGCUCUACGAAACUUACAUGGUAAUGAUAAAUAAUUACCUAGUGGUUAAAUCUAGGAAUAGUAAAUUUAAUCAACUCCUCCUACUUAUUAUAAAUUAAAUUCAUUUACAUAUCCCUUUUAAGAAAUUGUCAAUACUUAUGGUAUACCCAGAUACAAGGAAAUCAAUCCAGGAUUAUCUACUAUAAUAACAUUUCCAUUUUUAGUUGGUGUGAUGUUUGGUGAUGUUGGUCAUGGGUAUAAUAUAUUAAAUUAUUAAGAGUUUGUUAUUGUUUGUUUGUGGAUUGUAUCUCACAACUGAAGAAGCAAAAAAAUCUAUAUUUUCUGGACUUGUUCCUAUGAGAUAUAUGAUUCUUCUAAUUGGAUUCUUUGCUUGUUAUAAUGGACUCAUUUACAAUGAUUUUCUAUCCAUAAGUUUAAACUUAUUUGGAAGUUGCUAUAAUUUGGUGGAUGAUGAAUAUUAAAUCAAAGAAGAUUGUGUCUAUAAAUUUGGAAUAGACCCUGCAUGGGGUUCUUCAACUAAUCAAUUAACUUUCAUGAAUUCAUUUAAAAUGAAAUUAGCAGUCAUCAUUGGAGUCACUCACAUGACUUUUGGUAUUAUUUUAAAAGGUUUCAAUACUCUAAACUUCAAUAACUAUACAGAUUUCUUUUGUGAAUUCAUUCCAUAAUUCCUUUUAUUAACAUGCAGUUUUGGUUACAUGGAUUUCUUAUUGUUUUUGAAAUGGUGUACUAAAUUUGAAGACACAAAGGAUGCUCCUAGUGUUAUCACAACUAUGAUUGAUAUGGUAUUAAGACCAUUUGAUGUACCUGAAAAACCAUUAUUUGAAUCUGGAGAAUAGUAGAGAUUCAUACAAUUAAUAUUAUUAACCAUCAUUAUUCUUUGUAUUCCUAUAAUGCUUAUUACAAAACCACUUAUUUUUAAUUUAAAUAAGAAGAAUCAUCCAUAUUAAUAAAUACCAUCUUAAGUACCUGAUGAUGAUGCUAAUCCAGAAUAAUUACAAAAUGAUAUGUAAAAGGAUUAGUCAUAACCACAUAGUAAAGUGUGUAUUUAAUAACAUAAUCAACAUGAUGAUAUUGGUGAAUUAAUUGUCCAUUAAUGUAUAAUUUAUAUUCAUUAUUUUUAGCUAUUGAAACUAUUGAAUUUGUUUUAGGAAGUGUUAGUAAUACAGCAUCGUAUUUAAGAUUGUGGGCAUUAUCCUUAGCUCAUUCACAAUUGGCCGAAGUCUUCUUCUCCAUGACUCUAGCCAGUCAUAUUGGUGAAGGAGGAUUUUUUGGAACUAUAGGAGUAUUCAUCUAUAUUUAAAUAUUAGUCUAUUGUACAAUUUCCAGGAUUUGCUCUAGCCACUUUUGGAGUCUUGAUGUGUAUGGAUCUUAUGGAGUGUUUCUUACAUGCCCUUCGAUUACAAUGGUAUUGAAAUUAUACUAACUAUUUAUUAGGGUUGAAUUCUAAAGCAAAUUCUAUAAAGCUGAUGGAUAUCUGUUUAAAGCAUAUUCAUUUACAAAUAUCAAAAGCAAUUAAUAAGAUGAUUGA